GUUCCGCGCGCCUGUUGCACAGCUGGGGACAGCGUCGCCAGCGGAAGAAGCGCUUCUGCUCUCGAUCCGGACGCCUUGCGCAGGCUUGGAAAAUGCCGCUCCGCCUGACGUGCGACGUCUCCGUAGUGCGCCGCUCGGAGCCUUCGGCGGAGGGUCGCCCGUCGGAGCGCCCCCUCCGAGCUCGUCUCUCUCUCCGGAAACCGCCCAAAGGAAGGCGCGGCUCUGCCUGCGUGCUGAUCAACACCGAUCCUCACCGCGGCUCAACCAAGUACAAGUUGAGAGAGAACAUAGAAGAAGUCUUUUGUGACAUAAAGAAAAGAAAAGCCACCAUAAGGCUGAAAGAACCAGAAGUGGAUCUCUGUCUCAUCACGGGAGAGAUCAAGCAGCUGAAGAGUUUUAUGUCUGCAGUGAUGCAGGGCUAUCAAGGCAGUAAACAGGAAUGUUUACCUGGUCCCAAUCUCAGUCCCACAAAAAAGGUCUAAACAUUGAAAAACCAAAGGAGAGCAUCUCCAGGCUUCCCACUCUUGCAAGUUAGCCACACUGAUAUGCUCUAGUGGCUGAAAAAUAUCGAGAAACUGAACUGGACUCCUAAUUCUACUAACAUGCUGCUAAGCUCCAUCAGGGAUCACGUCUGCCUUUACAUGCCAAACAUCAGCAUUGUGCAAAAUGUGAGACUCACUGCAAAGGGCUUCCACAGAGGCUCCAAGCAGCCCUUCUAUGAAAGCACUGUCACAGGUUCUUUUCUGGACUACAAAUAAUCUUUUCUGGACUCACAAAUGUGUGAGUCGCCCAGAGUUCCCCCAUUGGGGGGAGAUGGGCAGGAGACAUUUAAUAAACAAACAAACAAUCAGACUGACCCAGAUUCAAUAAAGGCACAAAGC